AUGGCAACUGAUCCAGCAUAUAUGUCAGCAUCUGUAAAAUCUUAUCCAUUUUCAAUGUCAGAUAAAUUGGCACUAACUAAAGAAGAAAUCAUUGUUAAAGAUGAUGAAUUGACAUGGGAUGAACGAUGCCAUAAUUGUCGUGUUUCGUGUUAUAAUCCAAAAUAUCGGGGAGUUUGUGGAAGAGAUGGUUUAUCAUGGGCUAAAAUAACUCUUUGCUAUUUUUUAUGGUUUAUGUUUAUGGCUGUUAUAUGUGCAUCAUUUGUUGGAAUUUUUAUGGCUAUUAUUGAUAAACGUAUACCACCCUAUAGAGGAAAUUCAAGUGCUAUUGCUUUAGAUACAUCUCGACCAAAUCCUGGUCUUGGUUUUCGUCCUCAAAUAAGUGUACAAAAAGCAUUAAUAAAAUAUCGUUCAUCUCAUCGUGAUACAUUUGAUUAUCGUCAUGAUUGGGGUGAAUAUAAAGAACAAUUAGAUGAAUUUUUAGCUUAUUAUACAGAAGCUGAUAUUUGA